GCUGGUGGCUUUGGCUCUGCAGCGACACAGCAGCUCCAGCUGGUGGGUUUGGCUCUGCAGCGAACACUGCAGCUCCAGCUGGUGGCUUUGGCUCUGCAGCGACCACAGCGGCUCCAGCUGGUGGCUUUGGCUCUGCAGCGAACACUGCAGCUCCAGCUGGUGGCUUUGGCUCUGCAGCGAAUACUGCAGCUCCAGCUGCAGCUUUGAGUAGUGAGGCUGCUGUCUCCGUACGCAAGCCUGCUGCAGAUGAGCUAAAGGGAAAGACGCUGUCAUCCAUCUUGGCUGAGGUUGAUAAGAACUUUGCGAAGGAUUAUCGUGACUUUCAGAAACUAUCGCAGCAUAUGCUUCUCCGUGACCGACAAAUUAUUGAUCGCGGUAAUGAGAUAUUAGCUUACAUUUCCCAUUUGGACGCUGCUAUCACCACCGCGGAGGCAUCGAAGCAAACGCUGACGGAGCUGAAGAGCAAACAGGGGGCUAUUGCCGAGAUGAUGCAGCGUGUGGAGGAUGCUGUGCAGCCCGUUUACGCCAAGGCGCAGCCAAAUUUUACAAAGUUGGACGAGCAGCGUGAGGCGACCUACGCGGCGGUUAUUAACCUGUUUGACGAGGUAGAAGCAUUCAGGCUGCGGCUGUCGCAAAGUGUGGGACAACACAAUCGUUCCCUCCGUCAUCUGCGGGAGUGUGAUGACUUGGAGAGGAUGGCAGGGCUUGUGGACUGCCAACUAAGUGCGCUGGGGCAGUGCUCCUUGAAGGCAGAAGAAUUAGAGUCAGAGCUUGAUUUGCUUCUGGGAAGAGCGCCCACCAUGUAA